AUGCUUGGCUUUCACGCCAUGUCUUCUCCAUGGAAGCAGCAACCUGAGGAGGUAGCAGACAAGGUAUUGAAGAGAGCAGAAGUCAGCAAGAUUGCUAGAAGGCUUCAAAAUCGACUCGCCCUUGCGCAAUUCAAAACCAAGCAUGGCUGGGAAGAUCUUACCCUCGAUACCAUCGAGCCCAAGUAUGAAGAGGAGAUACGCCGGAAGCGUCUGUGCGAAACCGAUGUGUUGUCCGAUACUUCCUCCAGUGCCUCCGAUCUACCAUAUCCCACAAGAACACUAAUGAGCUCGCCUUUGAAAGCACCCCUGUUUUCUGACGCCAUUGGUUCGAGUAAUGGGAGUUCUGGCCAUCGUAAGCGAACAUAUCUGGCUUCCUUCGAAUAUCCCUCGUCCAGCCCUAGCAAACGUUUCCGGUCCUCUCCUACACCUCAAAAGCAUGCCCAUGGCCACAACGCAUCAUGGAAGGAAAGCCACCAGCUGGCGCAGUCAUCCCCCAUCAAGCCCAGGCGGCAACAGCAUUUUACCACAUCGACGGGUCCCGAUGUUUCCUUCUUCCAAGGGGCGCGAAGGCUGACCGACGAUCUUGUGUCGCCUAACUUUGCUGCUAACUCGGAUGAUGAAGACGACCUUCUACCCUCACAGUCCUUUAGGUCCACCAACCUUCGCUCAUCACCUCCAACAACCCCGCCGAUGCGUAACCGCCCAAUUCCCAAUCGUCGCAGCAAAGACAGGCCUUCAGGCAUUGAUCAGCCCAAGACUGGAGAGGAGGGCGCCGAUCUUCUACUAUACCUUGCCGCUUCACCAUCACCAGCUGUGCCGUCUACAAAAACUAGAAUGGAACCACCCUCGACGCCGCCUUCCAAAGUUGGCCGCGACAUGACACUUCCUUCAUCUCAUAUGACGACUCCUGGUGGAGGCAAUCUCUUCCCCAAUACACCAGGCCAGGGUUUCGACUUUGCCGAGUUUGUUAAUAUAACGCCAAGCCCUGCCCAAAAGGCAUGGAAGACUCCCGUCGCACUAUCAUCGACAAGGACUCCCGUCAGCUUGACACGAAGGCGACUGACGUUCGAUGAGCCUCUUGUUUAA